AUGCAACUUCUUCAAAAGACAUUGUCUAGAUUUCCGAACAAGUGUCCAAACGCCUAUGGAUGCCGAGGAUUUUCUACCUCAAAAGUGCCAAUGAGCUACUUGGAGCCAAAUAGCUUCAUCAACUACUCCUUGCUUGAUAGAAACAUACAAAUUGUAAAAGACCGUCUUGGACGCCCAUUAUCUCUUGCAGAGAAAAUUGUUUAUGGCCAUUUGGAUAAUCCGCUGGAGCAAGACAUUGGCAGGGGAAAAUCCUACCUUAGACUCAGACCUGAUCGCGUUGCCCUUCAAGAUGCCACGGCUCAAGUUGCUAUGAAAAACUUAUCCUUUUAG